AUGGGAUAUGGAAUCACAGAGGUGUAUGAGCGGGCGUUUGAGCACAUGAGGACGAACGCUGCCGACCAGAAGGAGGAGCGGGUGAUGCUGCUGGAGGCGUGGCGGGAGAUGGAGCGGGCGGCAGGCGUGAACGGCGACCCGGGAUUGGGUCGAGAAGAGAUGCCACGUCGCGUGAAGCGGAAGCGGCCAAUCACAACUGAGGAUGGCACUCUGCUGGGUACUCUCGACCACCUACCUACUCUCGUAGCCAUGGCGGGAGGUCUCGACGUGCAUAAGAACAAGUACAUCGAGGAUUGGGGUACGCGGCGCGAGAACUCGAGAAGAUCUUUCGCUUCAACCGUCGCACGCUCUCGAUCGCGGCGCUCGCAAUCGUCGUCGUUCCAGUCAUCGUUUACCGAGGCACCAUCGCAGAAUUCAGGAAGCAAGAGGAGCUGGAAGGCCGACCGCAGCGCAAGUUCAUGUAGAUGCUCCUCCCUGCGACAGAUGGCUGUGCGCGUCGUUUCUCGCAUCAGGUCGCACGGAGCGGCGGAUCGAGCCGUCGCAUGGCCGUUCGCGACGUUCGCAAACGGGUUCCCUUUUUCGCGAGUCGUCGCAUCUCCCGCAUCCUCGGAUAGCCCCGCAAGGGAUUUCUCGUCAACCUCCUCCCCUGCUUCUGAACCUCCCACUUCUUCAGCCGUAUCACGCGGCCCCUUAGAGGACCUGGCCCAACGCCAACGGGACUACCAGGCCCAGGUGUCAUCCCUCCGCAAGGCAUACGCUCAGGAGCAUCAGGAGCUGAGGAGAGCGGCGAUUGAAAGCGCAGCAGCAGCGCAGAGAGGCGGCGGCGAGCGAGAAGGAAGAGAGAGAAGAGGGAGAGCGAGAGAGAGAGAGAGAGAGAGAGAGAGAGAGAGAGAGAGAGAGAGAGAGAGAGGAGAGAGAGAGAGAGAGAGAGAGAGAGAGAGAGAGAGAGAGAGCGAGAGAGAGAGAGAGAGAGAGAGAGAGAGAGAGAGAGAGAGAGAGAGAGAGAUGAGAGAGGAGAGAGAGAGAGAGAGAGAGCGAGAGAGAGAGAGAGAGAGAGAGAGAGGAGAGAGAGAGAGAGCGAGUGAGGGAGGGAGCGAGAGAGGAGUGAGAGAGAGAGAGAGAGAGAGAGAGAGAGAGAGAGAGAGAGAGCGAGAGAGAGAGAGAGAGAGAGAGAGAGGAGAGGAGAGCGAGAGAGAGAGAAGAGAGAGAGAGGCGAGAGAGAGAGAGAGAGAGAGAGAGAGAGCGAGAGAGAGAGAGAGAGAGAGAGAGAGGAGCAAGCCAAAGAUAAACAAGGAGAGGGAGAGGGAGGAGAGUCGAAUGGAAGGCACGAGGCACAACUUGUGA